UUCACAUACACUCCACAGGCCAUACACAACUCAGAGAUGGAGAGCAGAUUGGUAGGCUUCAGCGUAAUUGUGGCCGGCCUCGGAAUAAUUUCAGCGGCCACCGGUUUUGCGGCAGAGGCCACCAGGGUUAAGGCUUCGGAUGUUUAUAUCGAGGGUGAUUCGUGUUUUUAUCCAAGUAGCCCCGCUCUUGCACUAGGAAUUGUAGCAGCUGUGUUUGCAAUCGUUACACGAAUUUACAUAACCGUUACAUAUGGGGGAAACAGUUGUUGUCGAAGUGACCCUAAUUCGACUCCAUAUUCCAAGUUUCUUUAUGUACUCUCAUGGGUAGCUUCAAUUAUAGCUGUGGUUCUAUUGCUGGCAGCUGCAGAAAUCAACAAUGAAGCAGGUGAACAGUUUGAUUCAUAUGGUUAUGUUACAUGUUAUGUUGUGAAGCCUGGAAUCUAUGCGUUAGGAGCUGUUUUAGCUCUUUUAAGCGCGAUUUUUGGGAUUGCAGCUUAUGUUACCUUAGUUUCAUCUACACAAAACACCACAAAUCCUCCGAUUGCAUCCCCAGUGGCUGCCGGGAUAGAUCUUGAGAAAAGUUCCAAUGUUCAACAAUAGAAUAAAAAAAGGUUAAGUCUUCGAUCCAUCAGUAGGGUCCGAGGAACCUCGAUGAACCAUUUUGUGAUUGUUUGAGAACCGGCUUUUAUUGUUUACACGACGCUAUAUUGUAUGUGAAAAUAUGAAAAUAAAGAACAAUGGAUUUAAUAAUAGGGUGUCGCUUUGAUGAUUUUGGAUUUCUA